UCACAGUCACAGUGACAGACAGACAGGGGAGGCUCACGGAGCGCGCACGCGGGGGAGUGUCCCCGGCAGGAAGAGAAGAAGGUGCGGGGCCGGUCGCGGGCUCCAGGAGAGCGCUGUGCAAGGAGAAGCAGAAGGCAGCAGCCCGCGCACUCCUCCAGAGCCAGAGCCCGAGCGCAGCGGAGAAGCUGCCCCGACGCGCUGCGACCCGCGGGCUUGGGCUUCCGCGCAGCGCAACGCAGCGCAGCGCAGCGUCCAUCCGAUCGGAUCGGACGGACGCGCAGAGGUCUUCGUAGAGAUCGCCGCGCCUGGCGCCUUUGUGUGUCUGCCGGAGCGGAGGGAGCAUGAUGGAGUACUGGCGGCAGUGCGCGCUCUGGCUCAUCCGCUGCAAGGUGCUGCCCCCGAACCACCGGGUCACCUGGGAAUCGGCGCAGGCCUUCGACCUGGCGCAGACGCUGCGCGACGGCGUGCUGCUGUGCCAACUGCUGAACAACCUGCGACCGCAGUCCAUCAACCUGAAGGAGAUCAACCUGCGGCCGCAGAUGUCCCAGUUCCUCUGCUUGAAGAACAUCAGGACGUUCCUCUCCGCAUGCUGUGAAAUAUUUGCCAUGAAGAAAAGUGAAUUAUUUGAAGCUUUCGACCUGUUUGAUGUUCGGGAUUUCGCAAAGGUCAUGGAUACAUUGUCCAAGCUGUCACACUCAGCUGUCGCACAGCAGGCAGGAAUAAGGCCAUUCCCAACAGAGGACAGUUUACAGGACGAGACCAUCUAUAAUCAGCUGGAGGACAUGCUUGACGAGAACAGCGUGGAAGAUGAAGAGGACCUGUACGACUGUGUGUACGGCGACGACGAGGGCGGGGAGGUCUACGAGGACCUGAUGAAGACUGAAGUGCCGUCCCUGCCUAAGCAGGCUGAAACUGACAUUAGGAACUGCUGCCUGACUGAAAUCAAGCAGACGGAGGAGAAGUACACAGAAACUCUGGAGUCCAUCGAGAAGUAUUUCAUGAAUCCACUCAGGAAAUUUGUGUCUGCAGCAGAAAUAGAAAAAGUGUUUGUCAACAUUCCGGACUUGGUCAAAAUCCAUAAGAGCCUAAUGCAAGAGGUGCAGGACUCCAUUGUGAACAAGAAUGCCCAGAACAUCCACGAGAUCUUCAUCACCUACAAACAGAGGCUCCUCAUUUACGGGGUUUACUGCAGCCGUGUGGAAAUCGCCAUUUCGGUUUUGGACUGUAUCUGCAAAGAGAAGGAGGACGUUCGCCUGAAGCUAGAGGAGUGUUCAAAGAGAGCCAACAAUGGAAGGUUCACGCUGAGGGACCUGCUGGUGGUGCCAAUGCAGAGAGUCCUGAAGUACCAUCUGCUUCUGCAGGAGCUGGUGAAACACACUCACGAUGCAAUUGACAAGAGCAAUUUGCGGAUGGCACUCGACGCCAUGAAAGAUCUGGCACAAUAUGUGAAUGAAGUGAAGAGAGACACGGAGACCUUGCGAGAAAUAGAGCAGUACCAGAGCUCCAUAGAGAACCUGAACCAGCCGCUGGUGAGUUACGGCAGACCCAAGGGCGACGGCGAGGUGCGGGUGGCCACAGUUGACAAACGCGCCAAACAGGACCGGCACAUCUUCCUCUUCGACGUGGCAGUGAUUGUCUGCAAGAGGCGGGGAGACAACUACGAGAUGAAGGAGGUGAUCGAUCUGAACUAUUUCAAAAUCACCAACAACCCGACGACAGACAGAGAAAACAGAAAGUGGUCGUAUGGGUUCUACCUCACACACCAGCAGGGACACAGUGGCUUUGAGUUCUUCUUCAAGACCAAGGAGAUGAAGAAGAAGUGGCUGGAGCGCUUUGGCAUGGCCAUGUCCAACAUCCGACCAGAGGAGGCCAACAGCAACUGGCACGAGUUCAAGAUGCAUACUUUUGAUGAGAUCGCAUCCUGCAGUUCCUGCCGCAUGCUCCUCCGAGGGAUCUUCAACCAGGGCUACCUGUGCUCCAAGUGUGGGGUUGGGGCCCACAAAGAGUGCCUGGGGCGCUUCGGCAACUGCGGCAAGACCAGUCCAGAUUCCAGCACACCCAAACCUCCGAGAGGUAUUGCCUUCAACAGACAGUUGGACUCUGGUUUGCCAAAGAUGCUGGUGAUCCGCGACUACUAUGGUGUCCCCAGCCCGUCGCGUGGACCUCCGCUUAACAUCCACAUCGGGGACAUUGUAGAGCUGGUUGGUGCAGACAUCCACAGCUCCUGGUGGGAGGGUAAAAUACCGGCAACGGGAGAAAUUGGAUUCUUCCCAAGUGAUAAUGUGAAACCAUGCCCAUGUGUCCCAAAGCCCAUAGAUUAUUCCGCGCAUCUGUGGUUUGCAGGGCCCAUCGAGAGACCCCAGGCUGAAGCAGAGCUGAUUGACAGAGAAAACAGCACCUACCUCGUGAGACACAGGAGUAAAGAAUUUGCAGAGUACGCUAUUAGCAUCAAGUACAACAACGAAGUGAAGCACAUCAAGAUUUUAAACAAGGAUGGAGUUUUCUACAUUGCGGAGAACAGGAAGUUCAAAAGCAUAUUAGAGCUGAUUGAAUACUACCAGCAGAACUCCUUGAAAGAAGGCUUCCGCACCCUGGACACUGCACUGCUGUUCCCGUACAGGGCGUUGCGUACAAUCACUCGACAGAGAAGCCAGCGGUGUGGUGAACAUGUUCUGACUCCACGGGUGACGGGCAUCGCCAUCGCGCGCUAUGACUACAGUGCCAGGGACACGCGGGAACUCUCGUUGGCGGAGGACGACGUGGUGAAGAUCUACACAAAGCUGGGCGCCAAUGGCUGGUGGAAGGGAGAGGUCAAUGGGAGGGUCGGCUGGUUCCCCUCGACCUACGUGGAGGAGCUCGAGUGACUCGAGGGCCUCGGGUGGAGAACGGCCCUGGAGGGACGAGGGCGAAUGGCACCUUUGACCAAUUAACCUUUCCAGAGUUCCACACUAAAGAAUGGGGGCACAGCCUAGCACCAGAUAGCCAGAAGGCCAGUGUGUGCUCUCCCUGUCUCCUGUCGCUUCCUGUCCCCACCUGUGGCAUUCUGGGAACUUUCCACUGUGCCAGACGGAUGGCUUUACGAGCAACAGCCUGCCAGGCUGCCGUUCCACACGGCCCCGACUGUACCGGGCUUCCACCCCCACCCCC